GCCACUCACACCCAACACCCCCCGCCAGGGUCCCGCAUAACGCCAUCGGCCAUUCGUCAACCAAUCGGGCAGCUAGCAUUCCCUCAUCAACCAUCAAAACCUCCAAUCCCAUUACAGCGGACAAAAACAUAAGAGGGGUCUCCCAUGUUGAACACGACUCAAGAGGAACCUGGUUCCCGAAUUUUCUGGGAAAUCCCACCGUUAUGAUCCUUGUUUUCUCCGUUUUUCCUUCUUUCGGUCACGAUUUUGUUUUUGUUUUUCGGAAGCGGUUUUUUGGUUGCUCGGACAUUGAGACUUGUAUUUCUCGUGAUCUGCGCUACAGCAGCCUUUGAUUUGCGGGUUCCGUUCUAGGGUUGCUUUCUCUUCCACGAGGGGAGUGGAGGAGGAGCAAUUCUAUUCUACAUGAUGUUUUGGGAAGGGCAGAGUGAUUGUCCAACAUGAAAACUUACCUUUACAAGUGCUCUGUGGUUAAUUUCCACUCAUAAGAGCGUCUAUUUCAUUUUUGGAGCACUGGAAACUACAAAAUUGAUUGCCACGUUGAGCGGUUGUUGCUUGCUAGGUUGCGGCAUCUAUUUUUGUGACUGUAGAGUUGGAAGACUCAGACUACAAUGGGAACCCCUCUGCGAGGUUUAAGAAAACCAAAUGAGACAAUGAGGCUUAUUGUAACAGCAUUUAUAGGCGUUGUGGUUGGCUUCUUUUUAGGAGUGUCUUUUCCAACACUCUCAUUGACUAAGAUGAGCCUCCCAUCCAGCCUUUUUCCUUCCAUUGAUCUAAAUUACCUUGAAGACAAGUACUCAGGUCUCUCAACCCAAGCACUGUUGAAUGUUUGGUCUUCACUAAAGCGUAAUAGAGGCACCGCUUCCCACUUUUACAAAUUUAAUGAAACAAAGAUUUGGGUCCCAACAAAUCCUCGAGGUGCUGAAAGACUACCCCCGGGUAUCAUUGUAUCUGAGUCAGAUUUCUAUCUUCGUAGAUUGUGGGGUUUGCCCAGUGAGGACUUAAGCAUUAAACCAAGGUAUCUUGUAACCUUUACUGUUGGCAUUGCUCAGAAAAACAAUAUUGAUGCGGCAGUAAAAAAGUUCUCAGAAAGCUUUACCAUUCUGCUAUUUCAUUAUGAUGGUCGGGUGAGCGAAUGGGAUGAGUUUGAAUGGUCGAAACAGGCUAUCCAUGUGAGCGUUCAGAAGCAAACCAAAUGGUGGUAUGCCAAGCGGUUUUUGCAUCCUGACAUUGUGGCACCCUAUGACUACAUAUUUAUGUGGGAUGAAGACCUUGGGGUGGAGCAUUUUGAUGCAGAAGAAUACAUAAAAUUAGUACGGAAGCAUGGUUUGGAAAUAUCACAACCUGGUUUAGACCCACAGAGUAAAGGGUUAACAUGGCAGAUGACAAAGAAGAGAGAUAACAGUGAAGUUCACAAGGAAACACAAGAGAGACCUGGCUGGUGCACUGAUCCACAUUUGCCACCAUGUGCAGCCUUUGUUGAGAUCAUGGCUACUGUGUUUUCUCGAAAUGCAUGGCGUUGUGUUUGGCAUAUGAUUCAGAAUGACUUGAUUCAUGGAUGGGGAUUAGAUUUUGCUCUAAGGAAAUGUGUAGAGCCUGCUCAUGAGAAAAUAGGAGUUGUAGACGCCCAGUGGAUUCUACAUCAAAGUGUUCCCUCACUUGGGAACCAGGGGAAAGCAGAGGGUGGGAAGGCACCAUGGGAAGGGGUGAGGGAAAGGUGUAGAAAAGAAUGGACAAUGUUUCAAGACCGAAUGGCUGUUGCAGAGAAAGCCUACUUUGAGGCAAUGAAAAUCGAUCCGCCCAAUUCCACUGCUACUUAGGGGGACAACAUUUACAAGCACAAAACUUUGUAGUAUUAUCCGUGUCAUCGUCUCAGCAUCUUACCACCAUUGUGUAGCUUCAGAAUUAUACUUGUUCUGCAGUAAUCAAUAAUUUUUCCUUUUUUUUUUCUUUUGUGGGGGGUGGGGCUUGUAUUGGGUUAGGUCAACUUGUAGCUCUAGAAGCAAAGAAGAGAAGCCACUUGUCAUUAGUUACAAUGACAUAAUGAAUGUUAUUACACGUUUAAUUUAUAUUGCUAAUGUUAGUUUAUUGGGAUCAGAUGAGGGUAUCCCAAAAUGUAGCA